AUGAUCACACUUGAGGAGGAUUCCAAACCGGUGAGACAAGCUCAAAGAAAGUUAAACCUGAUUAUGGCUGAGGUAGUCAAGAAAGAUGUGUUGAAACUACUUGAUGUUGGUAUCAUCUACCCUAUCUCCGAUAGUAAAUGGGUGAGCCGAGUCGAAGUAGUUCCCAAGAAAGUUGGAGUAGGUGAAAAGCUCUCAGUUCGAAAGCAAACUGGAUGGCGCCAAUGCAUAGAUUAUCAUAAGCUCAAUGAGAUAGCGAUAGCACCCGAUGACUAUGAGAAAACAUCAUUCAUUUGUCCAUUUGGAUUUUUUGCCUACAGAAUGAUGCCUUUAGGUUUUUACCGGCGCUUUAUCAUGGACUUCUUCAAGAUUGGAGCACCAGUGUUUCACCUCCUACAGAAAGAUGUGGCAUAUGAGUUCAAUGAUGAUUACAAGAAGGCAUUUGAAGCAUUGAAGGAGCGUCUGACAACCCCACCAAUUAUCCAACCUCCAAACUAG